AUGUUUUGUUGUACGCGGGCGCAGCGGAAAAAAGCGGCCAACACUUUGGGAAAUCUCACAAAGACAAAUUCUGGUCCAAUGUUCGCCAGAUUAGAAGAAUUUGACGUGUUGACUCCUCUCCAGCCAACGCCUUCAACUAGCCUUGCAACAGAACCUUAUAAGUCGUACGGUAGCGCAUCGAAUUCAAGCGUCUCGUCGGAUUCGCAAAUUCAACUGAUCCCUCCUCAUCUUCCGUCGGCUUCCGAUUCACCUCCACCACCUCGUCGGCCACACAGCGGAAAAACUCUCAUUGUCCCAUUAAAUGCUUCAAGAUAUCGAACACCGUUGGUAAUGACUGCGGGCACUCCAGAUAGUCGGCUGACAUCAUUCGAAUGCGGAACAACUAAAAGUUGUGCGACGAUUCCCGAAGACGAUGAAGAUGAGAUCGACGAGCUUCUUUCAAUUGACAGGACGUCAAUUUCGGCGCCUGAUCAGCAAUCGAGUAGGUAUUAUUAUUCGUGUACACUGAGUCUUCCUCAACCAAUGCCAGAAUUUCAGUCAACGUCUUCAGGCUUCUCGCCGAUGCUUCCCGCUCCCGCCUAUUCGCCACCUUCUUUGCCUUCCGAAUCGCCGAUCACACGGCCGUUGUCACCUGAUGGCGAUAGAGAAAGCACCUACGAAAAUACUGGAACUCAAUCACCGCAUUCGUCAGCAUCUCUCAGCGAUAGUGUCUAUGCAAAUAAUUACGAUAUCAUCUCAUCUGCAGCAAAUUCUCAAGUUUUCGAAGCGUCGAUUUGCGGGGAAUCUGAUGUGAUGUCCAAAUUUCAGCUUCACAGAAUCGAGGAAGAAUCUGAAUGUGGCGACGAUGCGAGUAAUGUGUGUUCGAGCAAUAACUAUAAGCAGCCGGUUGCAGCGAACUCGCAGUUUUUCCCGCGAAGCAUCUCGCAACAAUUCGAUAUGCUUCGCCAGCAAUAA